AUGAUAUCACUUAGUCUUUGCUCUCAAUAUUCAUCUACAUUAUACCAAUCCUCAUCAGUCGGCGUCGACCCUGUUGUGUUAAUUAUAAACUCAAAUAUUAGUUAUAUUCUUUCUUUCUCUCUCGAUCCUGACACAUCUCCCCACUUAGAAAAUGCAUUUUUUUUUCUUUCGUUCAUUCUUUAUCAGUUUACCUACUUCUAUUCUCACUGUUCCGUCUUUACUUUCUCACUCUGUGAGACUUUGCUAAUAACUCAUUACUUUUCUCCUUUCUCACUAUCACCCUCUUCCCCUCCACUAUUUAUAAAUCGUUAUCAUUCUUCUUCUAUCUGCCAUUACAUUAUAGAUUUAAUACUAGUAAACAAUGAUGAACUUUCUUUCUGCUUCUUUCUUUCCUUCUUUCUUUCUGCUUCUUUAUUUCUUUCUUUCCGCUUCUUUCUUUCCUUCUUUCUGCUUCUUUCUUUCCUUCUUUCUUUCUGCUUCUUUCUUUCCUUCUUUCUUUCUGCUUCUUUCUUUCCUUCUUUCUUUCUGCUUCUUUCUGCUUCUUUCUUUCCUUCUUUCUUUCUGCUUCUUUGUUUCUUUCUUUCUGCUUCUUUCUUUCCUUCUUUCUGCUUCUUUCUUUCCUUCUUUCUGCUUCUUUCUUUCCUUCUUUCUUUCCUUCUUUCUUUCUGCUUCUUUGUUUCUUUCUUUCUGCUUCUUUCUUUCCUUCUUUCUGCUUCUUUCUUUCUGCUUCUUUCUUUUCUUCUUUCUUUCUGCUUCUUUCUUUCCUUCUUUCUUUCUGCUUCUUUCUGCUUCUUUCUUUCCUUCUUUCUUUCUGCUUCUUUGUUUCUUUCUUUCUGCUUCUUUCUUUCCUUCUUUCUGCUUCUUUCUUUCCUUCUUUCUGCUUCUUUCUUUCCUUCUUUCUUUCCUUCUUUCUUUCUGCUUCUUUGUUUCUUUCUUUCUGCUUCUUUGUUUCUUUCUUUCUGCUUCUUUCUUUCCUUCUUUCUGCUUCUUUCUUUCCUUCUUUCUUUCUGCUUCUUUCUUUUCUUCUUUCUUUCUGCUUCUUUCUUUCUGCUUCUUUUUCACACUCGCAGAUGGUUCUAG